UGUCUUCUUCAAAUACUAAGAGCUACAACCUUGACAUACAAAUAUGCAAUGACAGAGGAGAAAAUAGAAAAUUCCAGCUUGCACCAACUCAGCCAGCCAACACCCUCUUAAGUCUUGUGUUCCAUAUAAAUAGACCACUCUCUAUUUGUCCAAUUCCACACUCCUUCAUUUCAUGUAAUAAUACUAGUGUCCUUCAACAAAAUAUGGCAAACUUGCAUAGCAAGAACCUCUACUUAUAUGCCAUAAUUUUGUACAUGAUCUUACUCCAAACCUCAAAAAAUGGCUGCAUUAUCACCAUUAAUGCCCAAAACUCGCCUUCGAGCUCGAACACACCGCGAUUAACUAGCCUUUUCCCUCAUCUUUCCUUCAAUAAUGAUUUCUCCCAAAUCUUUGGAGACUCUAAUGUUCAAAUUUAUGGCAAUGGAUCAUUUGCUAACAUUUCUCUUGACAAAAAAACUGGUUCAGGUUUUGGUUCCAAGAAUCAUUACAAUUAUGGUUUUUUUAGUGCUGCUAUCAAACUUCCCCCUGGUUUCACCUCUGGUAUUGUAGUUGCCUUCUAUAUGUCUAAUUCAGAUCGUUUUCCACAUAACCAUGAUGAAAUUGAUUUUGAGUUACUUGGGCAUCAAAAAAGCAGAAAUUGGGUUUUGCAAACAAACAUGUAUGGGAAUGGAAGUGUAAAGACAGGGAGAGAAGAGAAGUUUAGGCUAUGGUUUGACCCAACUACACAGUUUCAUGAAUACAGCAUCAUAUGGAAUAGUCAUCAUAUUGUGUUUCUAGUGGAUAAUAUACCAGUAAGAGAAGUACUAAACACGCCUGUUAUGUCCAAAUCUUACCCAUCAAAACCUAUGUCUGUUUAUGCUACUAUAUGGGAUGCAUCCGAUUGGGCAACUCAUGGAGGAAAAUACCCGGUUAAUUAUAAGUACGCUCCGUUUACCGCUUCAUUAGGGCAAAUGGAGAUGGCGGGUUGCGUUUAUGACCCGACGGAUCUUUCGGGUAAAUCAUGUUCAAAGAGUAGUAGUCCAUCAAGUUUGGACCCCGUAGAUGGUCAAGAUUUUGUUAAGUUAUCAAAUCAGCAAAUUAAGGGACUUCAAUGGGCAAGAAGCAAGCAAAUGAUCUACUCUUAUUGUAAAGAUAAACGUAGGUACAAAGUCCUACCACCAGAAUGUAACACAAGAUAACAAGGAUUCAUUUAAUUAUUUUUAUUUUUUAUAUUCUUUAUAUAUUUUUGUAACGAUUCUUUUUUUUUUUUAACUUCAUAUUCUUAAGUAAAGAUUGAUUAUGUAAUUACAUGAGACCUUAAAAUUUGUACCAAAGUCCUAGUUUGGGAAAUCAAAGUGUAGCAAUUAUAUAUAUAUAUAUAAUGUGUUUAUGCA